UGUCCUACCGAAAACCUAUCUCCCUAUCUUGCACUCAUCAUCACUUCUUUUAUGCCUUGAGAUUUGAAAAUAUAUUCUCCAUUUUUUCAUAUCAAAGGUUACGAAACUAUGGCUACAUUGGCUCCUGGGAUUCUGCUGAAAUUACUCAAUGGGAUGAACACCGGGGUUAAGCCAACGAGUGAACACAGGAGCUCGCUUUUGCAAGUCACUGAUAUCGUGCCGGCUGAUCUUGAUGAGAAGAAUCUUUGGCCUACACAUGGGUUUUACAUCAAAGUCUCGGAUUCUUCACAUUCGAUUUACGUUAGUCUUCCUUCGGACCAACACGAUUUUGUUCUUAGCAACAAGAUGCAACUUGGGCAGUUCAUUUAUGUUGAUAGGUUGGAGCCUGGCUCCCCUGUUCCUGUUGUUAAAGGUGCAAAGCCCCUCCCUGGGAGGCAUCCCUUACUUGGGACACCGGAGCCUUUAAUGGGUUUAAGAAAGAAAGGGGAGAAAAGUGAGCACAAACAAGAUACUAGGUUACAUAGAAGAGGCUCUUGGGGGAAAGGUCCUAAUGGAACUGAUGAGAUUUCUUCUCCUUUGGUUUUAAAGCCGGUGCCGUUGGAUUUUGAUCAGUGUACACCGGUGAAAGAGCGGAGAACUUCGUUGAUGUCACCGAUGAUACGAAGGGUGGCGAAAGAUGGGAACGCUACCGCUGGUGUAAGGUGCUCUUAUGGUGGGGGAUUGUUGGCUAAAAUGAUGGAUACUAAAGGAGAAAGUCCAGCUUUGCUUAGAAAAAGCUGUGCUGCACCUUCUUCGACCUCGAAGUUUCCGAGGAGCAAAAGUGUCAGCGACCGAGAGCCUCGGAUCCCAAUUUGUUCUCUCAACUCAGCUGUAGGUACAAUCUGCCAUGUUUUACUUUAUAUUAACUUUUCAAUGGUGUUUUUGUCUUGUUCAACCCCACCACCAAUUUCAAAGCGUGGAAGGGUGGCCGCGGCUUCGGUAAUUAAUUCAAGUUUUACUACCCAAAAACAAGAAUCUCAACUUGAUAAUGAUUCCACCAUGGAUAACGGAAAAAGUCUAGCCAUGAAUUUACCUGGGAAACUUGGCAUGUUGGGCAAGGAAGCUGUUCAGCAACGAGAAACGGCUCAAAAGAUUGCUCUUCAAGCACUGAGAGAUGUCACUGCCACAGAUAGUUUAGUUCGCUCUCUGAAGAUGUUUUCCAAUUUAAGCAAAUCAGCAAAACCAGAAGCUCCGGCCGCAUGCUUCGACCAGUUUCUGGAAUUCCACGCCCAAAUUGUGCAGGCCCUGAGUGAGAUAGUGUCGGUCCAAGCAGCUACUUCGGCUACUACUGGAAUGUCACAAGCCACAAAAACUGAAAAAAGGGGUGAAGAUGAACAGGCAAUCUUGAAUGAAAUCGUGCACAAUUCGAUGGACCAAAGCAAAAGGCGAGCUGCAUUGUACAAGUCAAUCGCAGGGUUUCCCGAGAGAAGUGAGCAAAAGAGGCUCCUAAGGUCAAAUUCCAAAGUUCCAUCAACCCCACUCGGUAAACUGCCCAUCGAAUCAUCAGCCGCAGAGAACGACGAAAACAAACCGGUAUCAUGCAGUUUAAACAAUACGAUAAAAUUGGGGAAGCAAAUCGAAGCGGAAGCAGGGAAUUGGUUCAUGAACUUCCUGGAGAAAGCUUUGGAGAAUGGUAUGAAGAAGUCCCAAGGCGAUGGGGAGUCCAAGAAAGUGCCUCAGUCUCUGAUACUCAAGGUUAUUAAUUGGGCAGAGGUAGAACAGUGUGAUGCCAACAAGCGACCGGUUCAUCCAAAAGCAACACAGAUUGUUAGGAAGCUAAGAAUUAAGAUGAAGAAUCCUUGAAUUUGGUCUACAAU